AGAAAGAAGAUGCCAGCCGGGUCUAAGGGUCCGAGGCCAGGGCUCUGAUCCCCACGGAUUUCUUCCUUUCAUGGAGCUGGCUAUCUCGACAGAAAAACAAGGGUAAAAAAAGGAAGAAGAAGACUAAAGAAAGAAGGAAAGAAAGAAAAGAAGAAAAUAUACCCACCCCCAAACGUGCCUCCCAGCGCCGCAGGGAGCCUCCAGCGAGUUGAGCUUCAGCCGCGCUCUUCCCGCCCGCAGCGGGCUGGACGCUCUCCGUGGUGCUGAACCUGCACGCCCGCCGCUGUCCGCGGUACCUUAGCUGCCUGGCUGCAAUUCUCCCCCGGCUCUGCCACCUCGUCCCUCUACUCCCUUCCCCCUUAAACAUCUGGAUUAUUACCCCCAGUGGCGCUCUCUGGCUUCUUAAGUGCCCAUAGGAAACAUUUUUGCAGCCCCAUAACUCGUGGACUUUACAGCACAAGAAUCUGGAAGAUGUACAGCUUCAACACUCUGCGAUUCUACCUUUGGGAGACCAUUGUAUUCUUCAGCCUUGCUGCUUCCAAAGAGGCUGAAGCUGCCCGCUCUGCACCCAAGCCUAUGUCACCCUCGGACUUCCUGGAUAAGCUUAUGGGGAGGACUUCUGGGUAUGAUGCCAGGAUCAGGCCCAACUUUAAAGGUCCUCCUGUGAAUGUGAGUUGCAACAUCUUCAUCAACAGUUUCGGCUCCAUCGCUGAGACAACUAUGGACUACAGGGUGAACAUCUUCCUGAGGCAGCAGUGGAAUGACCCCCGUCUGGCCUACAAUGAAUACCCUGACGAUUCUCUGGACCUCGAUCCGUCCAUGCUGGAUUCCAUAUGGAAGCCUGACUUGUUCUUUGCCAAUGAGAAAGGGGCUCACUUCCACGAGAUCACCACUGACAACAAACUGCUGAGAAUCUCCCGAAAUGGCAACGUCCUUUACAGCAUCAGAAUCACCCUGACGUUGGCCUGCCCCAUGGACCUGAAGAAUUUCCCGAUGGAUGUACAGACAUGUAUCAUGCAACUGGAAAGCUUUGGAUAUACCAUGAACGACCUCAUCUUUGAGUGGCAGGAGCAAGGAGCUGUACAGGUAGCAGAUGGACUGACCCUGCCUCAGUUUAUCCUGAAGGAAGAGAAGGACCUGAGAUACUGCACCAAGCACUACAACACAGGUAAAUUCACCUGCAUUGAGGCCCGAUUCCACCUGGAACGGCAGAUGGGCUACUACCUGAUCCAGAUGUACAUCCCCAGCUUGCUCAUCGUCAUCCUGUCCUGGAUCUCCUUCUGGAUCAACAUGGAUGCUGCACCAGCUCGUGUGGGGCUGGGCAUCACCACAGUGCUCACUAUGACCACACAGAGCUCUGGCUCCCGGGCCUCCCUACCCAAGGUGUCCUACGUGAAAGCUAUUGACAUUUGGAUGGCUGUUUGCCUGCUCUUCGUGUUCUCGGCCCUGCUGGAAUAUGCCGCCGUCAACUUUGUGUCCCGGCAACACAAGGAACUGCUUCGAUUUAGGAGGAAGCGGCGACAUCACAAGAGCCCCAUGCUAAAUCUGUUUCAGGAUGAUGAGGGUGGAGAAGGCCGCUUCAACUUCUCCGCCUAUGGAAUGGGCCCAGCCUGUCUGCAGGCCAAAGAUGGCAUCUCUGUCAAGGGUGCCAACAACAACAACACCACUAACCCCCCUCCUGCACCAUCCAAGUCCCCGGAGGAGAUGCGGAAACUCUUCAUCCAGAGAGCCAAGAAGAUCGACAAGAUAUCUCGCAUUGGUUUCCCUAUGGCCUUCCUCAUCUUCAACAUGUUCUACUGGAUCAUCUACAAGAUCGUGCGGAGAGAGGAUGUCCACAACAAGUGAAGGCUCUGGGGUGGGGUGGGGGGCUGGGAGAGGGUGGUGGGAGGAGCACAGAGGCUGGGAGCCAGGGGAGGAAGGAGAGAGGGAGAAAGGAAGAGCACACACCCAUCUCCCUCCACCAAGUGCAAUAGAAACCACGGGGGUGGAUACUUCCAGGGUAUGGCAAUAUCCAUCUAGCCUCCAAGGGCAUGAGGUGGGAGGGCCUUUUUGAAUACAGCAACUAGGGACCAUGAGGGGUGGGUGGGGGUCAGGGAGGGGAUUGGGAAAUCACAGCUUUCAAAAUUCAAGUCCAUUGGGUUGAGGGGUGGGGGGGUUCCUGUUUGGAGGUCAGUGCUGCCUGCCCCAGAACAGGAAAGCAGUGUAAUAUAUAACAUUUAACCAUGCUUAACAUUAAUGCAAAAUCUACCAGAACAAAAGAUACAUCUCUUAAAUCAGCCUAGUAACUGCUUAAACUUUUAAAGUCCCCAACGUGAUGGACAAUAUUUCCCAGAGUAGAAAUGGACAGAAAUAAGCUUGCUGUGGUAUGUGCCCCCAUCACGCCCUUACAAAUGCCAUGUGUAUCUUUAAACUGACCCCCGUGGACACAUGC